AUGCCGAGAAGACGCAAAACGGAUGGACAUAAAGAGAUAGAGCCAACCCUCAAUCGUUUUGCAGAGGACACAUCAAUGUUAGGAUUUCGAUAUCUGCACACACGGUACAAGACUUGGUUCAGGUUGAUUUGGGCGCUACUGCUCACAUUCUUCGUUGGCCUAACUUUUUACCAGGUGUUCGAACGCAUCACUUACUACUUUAUUAGAAAUCCGCUCACCACACGAAGAUCGUACGAUUCACCUCAGAAUAUGCGUUUUCCGACGAUUGGGAUAUGCAAUAAAAUGCAACUCAAAGCGUCAGCCUUCGCCGCCCGUGAACCUGAAUUACUUCGUUACCUCUCAUUGUUGUACGAAGAUGAAGGGCAGAUAACGGAGAACAGAACAUUACUGGAGGAACUAAGCAUGUUUGAUCACGUCGAUACAUUGGCGAUGUACAAAGCAGCUCAUCAAAAAGUAGAGGACUUGUUUUUAAGUUGCGAAAUCGGCAAGAAGGGGUCAUGUUUGGACGAAAUUGAGCCGUUUUUGACCGAGUAUGGCGUUUGCUUUGUGGUGGCGCCCAAUAUUACAGUAAGGAGGCCAGGUCCGGAAACAACCCUUUCCCUGGUCCUAAAUCUAGAACCGUACGAUAUCAUUCCUGGUACUGUUGCGGACUCUGGUAUCAUUUUGUCCCUGCACGAUGCUGAUGUUGAAUCAACACCGCAUCACAGCGUUGGCGUUCAUCUCGAAGCUGGAAAAGUGGUCACGAUUCCGAUAAACGAAGUGCGAAGGUUUCUCUCCUCAAAAAAACUUUUCGAGACCUCAAUCUUGUUGGAUACCGAUAGCACUAUUGAAUGCCCGGAAAACUGUGAAGAUGUCAGUUUUUCAUCAGUUGUUUUUGGUGGACGUCUGAAUCCAUCUGAUGUUUCUCCGUUCCUCCCAGUCGAUUGGGAGGACAUAAAGGAGUCAAAGGUGCUUGCUUUCCAGCGAGCUCUGGAUAUUAUACCACGCCACCGCGUCCCGGUCAUAGUAGAAGUUCAAGCUCUUGCGGAAAAAGCGCAGGAGUUUGCGAAAAUGGCUGAGCAGCAAUGUGUUGAGCUUUUGCAGAUUUUCUCGGUUUAUCCGAACGCAGCUACCGUACCAUGUAUAGCACCAAAAGGAGCCAAAGAAUUGGAAAGAGCGCUUGUACACUUUCAAGCUCGCGAACCUAUGUGGGAACGCAUAACAACGUAUCUCGUAAGGUCACUGGCAAAAGAGUUAAACUCUACCGCUGCAGCAUUAGGAAUCCUACUCAAAGAUGAUGGAAGUGCAAACAACAUGGAGAAAUUUGUAGUCAAUGAAUCAAUGAUUGAGUUUUCUAUGCUUCAACUUGGAUUCCUGGGGAACAAGACAGGAAACUCCUUUGGGCUCCGGACAAUGGACCUCGACACUCGCGACAAGUUGCUAGAAUUUGGGCGAGGUUUGCCUAAUGGGAGAGAAGUUUUGAUCUCUCGCAAUUUCGUCAGUAAAUCCUCUACCUUCAAAGCCAAGUUGUUGCACCUGAGUACACCAUUCUUUUGUAUCCCUCUCUUGUGGGCCUCUAUUAUCGUCAGCCCAUUCGUCCGCGAUCUCCGGACCUGUAUGAAAAAAAUCAGUGACAACUCCGAAAGAGCAAGCGAGAUUGUCGAGGACUGCCGCAGGGUGUUCAAAGAAUAUUACGAUGUGCUUCUCGAUACUAGGAGAGUAUAUACUCUUGCUGAUCUAUCUACUAAUGUCGUUGCUGACUAUAUAAUAAAUAUGGGAAAGAUCACUGCUUCUCUUAGGAGUUUCAUGUUCGUGAAUCGAGUUCACGUGCUAGACUAUCACGACUGUGAAGUUGAUCUCAAAGAAUUUGAAAGUCUUUACAGAGAAGGAGGAGCCGAUACUUAUGAAAUUCAUGAACUCAUGAAGCUACGGAAGUUGAUGCUUAGAGACAUACUAUACUACAUUGACGAACUUAAGCUAUUUUAUGAAAAAGGACUACAAGCGAGAAGAAAUGUUCUACGCAGAUUUGGAGUUGUUAUCGAAAAGCACCAGGGGCUUACAGCUAUAGAAGAGACAGUGACUUGUCUCCGCAAUAUCUCUGAGAAUAUUCCACUCUUGAAGAAAAGUAAAUUUGUGCGUGGCGAAUGGCUCAGCCGCAUUCAGCGACAAGUAGAGAUUGCACAAUCAUAUUCGGCUACUCCACAGUACGAUCAAGUAAAUCUACUGCAGGUCAAAAUUUACUUUGCUCAUUUCAAACAGGAGCGCAUCAUACAGGAACGGUCUUACAAUGUCUUCCUCUUACUAGCUGAGAUCGGAGGAACAAUUGGCCUUUAUGUAGGAGCGACUCUGCUCACCGUGGCGGAGACGAUUGUCUUCUUCUUCGAAGAACGGACAAGAAGAAUACUCGUUAAGCCUGCAUAUCUAUAA